AUGGUCCAAGAAAGUACAAUGAUAUGUGUGGAUAACUCCGAGUGGAUGCGCAACGGUGACUUCGUUCCAACCCGACUGCAGUGCCAGCAAGAUGCAGCAAAUCUGAUUCUUCAGUGCAAACUCCGGGCAAAUCCCGAGAAUGCAGUUGGACUACUUUCAAUGGCGAACCAAGUACAGGUUCUGUCCACAAUGACUCAAGAGAGCGGCCGCUUGUUUAUGAAACUACAUCAGCUGGAGCCUCAGGGUCACUGUAACUUUAUGUCGGCCAUCAAGAUUGCUCAUCUGGCUCUUAAACACCGUCAAAAUCGUAAUCAUAAGAUGCGCAUCGUCAUUUUUAUUGGGAGUCCAAUUGACGAUUUGGACUCUGCAGAGCUAACAAAGAUUGCAAAGAAGCUGAAGAAGGAGAAAGUGCAGUGUGACGUCAUCUGCUUUGGUGAAGCCGAUUCGGAGAACAGUCAAAUCAUGGGGCAGUUCAUCGAUACUCUUAAUGGCAAGGAAGGAAAUGGUUCAAAUCUGCUCGUUGUCCCUGCUGGAUCAGCUCUCACCGAGGCGUUAAUCUCAUCCGCUGUUUGUCGUGGAGAAGACGGAGGAAAUGCACCAGUAGUGGGGACUGGUGGUGGCUUCGAAUUCGGAGUUGAUCCAGAAGACGAUCCCGAUCUUGCUUUAGCACUUCGCGUUUCUAUGGAGGAGGAACGUGCGCGACAAGCUGCUGAAGCCGCUGCUGCUGCUGCGAAUGCAAGUUCCGAGGUUCCAACCUCUGCCGGAAAUAUCGACGUAAUGGAUAUGGAGAUGGGUGAAAUGACCGAGGAACAGCAGCUCGAGUGGGCUCUUCGAAUGUCAAUGCAGGACUCUGUGCCAUGUACAAUGGACAACAUUGAUGAACUAAUCAACAACCCAGAGCUACUACAACAAAUCAUUGAUGAUCUUCCUGGUGGCGAGAAGGUUUUCCCAUUCGUUUACUUCUUUUCGCCCUAA